AUGGCCUUUGAGAUUGCGCACAAACCUGUCAAUGCGGCCAUUCCCGCAAGCAUGACCAAGAACAACGUCGGCAAGUACGCGGUCGCGGGCUUCUUGACCCUGACGACGGCCACGAUCGGCUUCAUUCACGUGUACCUGCCAUACUACACAGAGCUCGGGCAGCAAGUGCACGACCGCGCCGCCUUGAACCGCGAGCGCGGUGGGUCGGGCGAGACGUCGCAAGUCUCGGGCUCGAUGUGGAAGAACAUGCGCCAGCAAGUGCAGAGCCAGAAAGAGUCCAAGUAAAGCGCAAUAGACGACCCGCAACUUGAUAUGCAGCUCGUCGACACUCAUGACCAUGAUGAGCUUUCGGCGCCAAUGUGGGUUGCGGCGGGCGUGCCGCUACGCUGUACGUGCAACCUUGGUGACGGUCCAAACAACGAUAUUCGUAUCAACUCCA